AUGGAUUCGAGGACGCUGCCGGAAAGCCGAGCUUAUGACCCACACAAUCCAAUACGAAUUAUCGUUGACGUAAAAGCGCUUAUGUGUCGUUGCUUGGGAAAGCACUCCGACAAUAAAUUGAUGCUCCCACUGGCAGAACACUUCUUCUUUGGAAUGGCAGAUGAAGCCAUUGUCGAGAGCGAAGAGUCAUUCGCCUUUGAAACAGAUGCGAACUAUUCCUAUAGAUCGUUGAGUGAGGAGAACGCUUUGGACAAAGCGGCCUGUGAUCUCAUCAAGAGUUCGUGGAACGAGGUGCUGAAGAGCGCAAACGCCACCGGACACCAUUUUGGCUAUUUUGUCUUUCAACGUGUCUUCCAGAAAGAUCCAUCGCUCAAAUCGACGUUUGGCCUGACACAUGACGAUGAGAUAUCUGAAAUCCCCGAUGAUCACGAAUGUAUCCGACAUACGAAGAUUUUCACAAACAUUAUCCAUUUGGCGGCGAAAAAUGUCGACGAGCUCGAGCCACAAGUCGCUCCGGCGAUUUUCAAGUACGGCGAACGUCAUUACAACACAAAAGCGAGCGACCGUAUGACCGAAGAAAAUGUUCGGAUGGUUUGUGCUCAAGUGGUCUGCACAGUGUGUGAUCUGCUGGGUGACGAUGCUCAUCCGAAAAUUGUCGAGGCUUGGAUUGAAAUGAUGAGAUACCUUGGUCGCAAGCUGCUUGAUGGACACGAAUAUGCUAAACUCACUGCCAAACACCGAAUCAGUAUAAAUCGUAACCGAUCACCAUCUCUUCUUGAUGUUGUGAUCCGUGCUAUCGAUUUAUUGAUUUAUCGGGAUGUUCCAUCGAGAACUGAUCUGUCAACGUUCUUCACGUCGAAGUACCAUGCUUGUGAGGUGGAUAGCAAAUCAAGGGAUGUCACAUUAACCUGCUUACGCCUUUAA